AGUGCAUUACGGGAAGGCAAUCAGAAAGAGUCAAGCAGAAAACCAAGAAAAAACUAAGGAGUAAAAACCACGCGAAACCAAGCUAAAUAUUCCUUCUUUUUGGUUUUCUUCACCAUUUUGCCCCCAAGGAACAUCGAAAAGCUACAAAAGUGGAAGGACAAAGAGGAAAGUCUUUAGAUUUUCCGGGAGCGAGUACGAACACUCACCGAAAUCCGCAGCAAAAUCUCCCUGGAACAACAACCUCUGCUGCUUCCGAACGAACAAGAUGGAUACCUUCGUAUAAUCGUACUUCCACUCUUACGGAUGAAAAUGAAUUGGUGUUUCGACGUGUUCGAGGUGUUCUUAACAAGCUGACUCCUGAUAAGUUUGACAAGUUGUUUUACGAGUUACUCAAUGUUGGGAUUGGAACCAAGUACAUAUUAAAGGGGGUUAUACUACUCGUGUUUGAGAAGGCUCUCGAUGAACCUAAAUACAGUUCUAUGUAUGCCCAGCUGUGCCUGCGGCUCAGCGAGGAGGCGCCAAACUUUGAUGAUCCUGGAAAAACUGGCAAUUCGACAUUCAGACGCCUACUACUCAAACAGUGUGAAGAAGAGUUCAACAACAGAUCCAAGGCUAGUCAAGCUUUUGAUAAGAAAGAUGGUCCACUCACACAGGAAGAGGAGGAGCAGAGGGGCAACAUCAAACGCAAGAUGCUGGGCAAUAUCAGAUUUAUUGGUGAGCUGGCGAAGCUUGACAUGCUGCACGAAACUAUUCUACACAAAUGCAUUAAACAGUUGCUGGACAAAAAGAAACGUGCAUCUGUGGCCGACACGUCUGAAGACAUGGAGUGUUUGUGUUACUUGAUGAAGACAGUGGGACCGAGAAUUGAUGUACCAAAGGCAAAGGUAUUUUAAAAUUUAUCUACUGCAGUACUGUAGUGUGGAUAUUUUUGAGGACUCUUUUUUGCUAUAUUUGAUAAAAAAAAGUACAUUGUACAAACACAUCAGAACAAUGUGCUGGAUUUUC